UGGUUCGAGCACAUCAGCAUGCUGGUCAUCCUCCUGAACUGCGUCACCCUGGGCAUGUUCCAGCCCUGCGAGGACGUGGAGUGCCAGUCGGAGCGGUGCACCAUCCUGGAGGCAUUUGACGACUUCAUUUUCGCUUUCUUUGCGGUGGAGAUGGUCAUCAAGAUGGUGGCUCUGGGGAUCUUCGGGCAGAAGUGUUACCUUGGAGAUACAUGGAAUCGCCUGGACUUCUUCAUCGUGAUGGCGGGCAUGAUGGAGUAUUCUCUGGACGGACACAACGUGAGUUUGUCUGCGAUCCGCACUGUCCGGGUACUUCGGCCGCUACGAGCCAUUAACAGGGUCCCAA